UCUGCAAUUCAGCCAAAGCGACAAGGAGGGUGCGAUUCCAGCAGGCCCCGAUCCAGGUGGAACAGAUGACCACGCUACCUGCUUCCAGCCCGUUCGGGCCUCCAGCUCCGGAAGCCGUUCCUGAUGGGAUCCAACACCUUUGCACGGUCGUGGCAACAUGGGAACCAACGCAGCGAAACCGUUGUGUCAGAUACCUUGCCGGUGCGUCCAGGAGGAAACUUGGGGUAUAUCUCCUCGAGGGAACCUUAUCAUGUCAGCAGCAGUGGACGGCGUACUCUUUACGAGACACCUUGACAAGCAAGAGUGAAGUGGGGAGGGAAUUUUCCAACCACGCCAAACUUCGCGUGGCCGUCGACUUAGUUUCUAGCGUGCUGCAACUUGCCAACACGCCCUGGCUUGACGAACGGUGGAAGGAGGACAUCAUCUUCGUCCACAGGCCGGGGGCACCUAUAACUUCCAUCUACGAGCACCCAUUCGUCCAUCGAGAAUUUACACUCAGCAUUGAUGAUGAAUGCACGAAACAUCAGACCGCCGCUUGCAGAGUCAUCCGGAAUCAGACGCUUUUCACUCUCGGCAUCCUCUUGAUAGAACUCUGGUACGGCAAAUCGAUCCAUGAGCUCCAAACACCACAGGACCUUAAUUGUGAGGGGACACCAGACGUCGCUUGGUGCACCGCUGGACGACUUGUGGAGAACAAGCUUGAAUUCGAUGCUGGGCGGUGCUAUGCGGAGGCGGUGAGACGGUGCGUCCGAUGCGACUUUGGCCGGAGAGAUGUGAGCUUUGGAGAUGAGGGCUUCCAGCAGGCGGUUUACGACGGGGUUGUGCUCAUGCUCGAGAAAACGCUACAACCUUUCAACGGCUUGGACUAGCUGCUCUGAAAGCACAGCGCAUGGUCUAGACAUGGCUGUAGAUAGACUAUGUGCGGAAGCUGGUCAGCGCAUCGAAUGAUUUCCGGCCUGAUGGUUGCUGGUGGUGGUGCUGAAUCCUACGCCGCCGCAUUAGCUGGAUCCAUCGCAGAUACUGUACCUAUAUCGGACCCCGGCGUUUGGCGCGAGAGUUUGCUUAAUGCGGCGAGGAAGAAACAGAGGCAGAGAGCGAUAAUUGAAGGACUGGGCGGGCGCAGCACGUCUCCGCGAGCGUUUGAC